AUGGCCCGCGGCGCGGCGGCCUGCGCGAGCGAGGCGCGGCUGAUGCUGGGCAGGGACGCGUUGCGGCCGGCGCCCGCGCUGCUGGCCCCCGCCGUGCUGCUGGGCGCCGCGCUCGGCCUCGGCCUCGGCCUCUGGCUCGGCUGCCGCGCUGGCCGCCUGCGCCCCCGGCACCAGAAGGACGACACUCAGCACCUGCUCAGGCAUUUGGAGCCUGAUGCUCAGACCCCAUCGGAAACCAGCUCCCCCACCAGGAGGCGCAAGAGAGAAGCACACGUGUCACAGGAGGCUCUGGAGGAGUGUGAGUCAUCUUAUAACAGUAACAUCACAGCAUUUGCACUGAAGGCCAGAGUCGUCUACCCCAUCAACCAAAAGUUCCGGCCUCUGGCCGAUGGCUCCUCCAAGCCAUCUCUGCAUGAGAACCUGAAGCAGGCUGUGCUGCCGCACCAGCCAAUGGAGGCCUCCCCUGCCAGCAGCCUGGGGAGCCUGAGCCAGGCCGAAAAGGACGACUGCAGCUCCUCAUCGAGCAUGCACUCGGCUGCCAGCGAUGACAGGGUCCUCAGCCGUGCCCUCCUCCGGGUGAGCAGCUUCCCCGAGGUGCUGGCCUGUGAGAGCACGGACAUGGACCUGUGUGUCUACAGCCUUCACUUAAAAGAUCUGCUGCAUUUGGACUCGGCGCUGAGGCGGGAGAAGCACAUGAUGUUUAUCCAGAUUUUUAAAAUGUGCCUCCUAGACCUUUUUCCUAAAAGGAAGUCCGAUGAUGAAUUACACCAGAAGAUUCUUUUAAAACAAGAACAUGAUUUGGAGGAAUUAGAAAAAGGACUUCAGGUCAAACUGUCAAACACAGAAAUGGUGGGUGUUGGUGACUCUGUCUACAUCACCCUGGCAGACGUGGAGAAGAAGGAAAGGGAUUAUUCCGAGCAGCUCAUGGACAACAUGGAAGCUUUCUGGAAACAGAUGGAAGACAUCCAGCGCUUUCUCGUGGACCAAUUUAAAUGUUCCAGCUCCAAAGUGCGGCAGCUCGUGAUGGCGCUGACGGAACGAAUGAUUGUCACCGAAGGGCUGUUGCGCCACUCUCAGGAUCUACAGACCGUGGACACCCUGGAGAGAACAAUGGGACGGGUGCACAUGGCAAAAAUGAUGGAGUUCCUGAGGGUGCAGGUUCAGGAGGAGACCAAGUGCCGACUGGCCGCCAUCUCCCACGGCCUGGAACUGCUGACUGUCCAGGGGAAGCUGUCCGGGCGGCAGAAGGAGGAGCUACUGACCCAACAGCACAAGGCCUUCUGGGAGGAGGCAGAGCGCUUCAGCAGGGAGUUCAUUCAGCGAGGCAAAGACCUGGUCCAGGCGUCCCUGGUUCACCAGGCGGAAGAGACAGCAAAACUCAUGCUGGCCCAGGAGGAGGAACGGAGAAGCUUCCUGGCUGCUGCCCAGCUGACCUCAGACCCCGAGGAGUUCCUCAAGGCUUUUCACGAGGUCCUGGAGAGGCAGCGGUUGAGGCGGAGUGAUCUAGAGGAGGAAGAGGACAUCAGGACCACCGAGGCUAUGGCUGCACUCUGCCAGGAGCUGUACCAGGGCACCAUGGAAACCUUCGGGGAGUUCGUGGACGCGCUGUUCCUGCGGACGCUCCCGGGCGCCAGCGGCCUCCCGGCGGCGGAGUGCGCGGGGCUGCGGCUGCGGGUGCAGGAACGCGCGGCGCGGGAGCUGGGGCGCGCGGACCGCUUCCGCCGCCGGCAGUGGGGGCUCCUGCGGGACGCGCAGGAGCAGGACAGGCAGGUGUGGCUGGAGGAGUGUGCGCUGUCCAUGGUGCUACAGACGCAGCUGCGGGAACAGCAGGAGCGCACGGUCCGCGGGGUCCUCAGCCGACUGGGCGGCCUGUCCGAAGAGUCCACACGGAGCAUCCUGCAGAGUCAUCAGCUGCUACUGUGCUCAGUCCUCCGGAGGCUGGCCCUCCGCGGUGGCACCGUGGCCACGCUGACGCAGAUGAGGCUGUCUGGGAAGAAGAGGCUUCUCCAGGAGCUGCGGGAGCAGCAUGCACUGGAGCAGGGCGCCUCCCCGUGCCUGGACGAGCAUCAGUGGCAGCUGCUCAAGGCCCUGGAGGCCCGCGUCCUGGAGGAGGCUACCAGGCUGGAGGAUGAGGCCCAGCAGACAAGGCUGCGGCUCCAGCAGCAGCUGCUGGCUGAGGCACAGGAGGCUGGGCAGCUCCUGCAACAGCACAUGGAGCAAGCUAUUGGGCAAGCACUGCUCGCGCAUGCACGGAACACAGCCAGCAGGAGCCGGGCCAAGGACAGGGAGGACUUUAAGAGCACGCUGGUGGAGUCAGUGGUGGAGAGCGUGUACGUGACUGCUGGCGUCGGCCGCCUGGUGCAGGAGUAUCACCAGCGACUUUGGAGGGCUGUGCAGGACCACGAGGAGCAAAUGCUGCAGCGCCUGAAGACCCUGCAGGGUGAGAGAAUCGACAGUUACAAGCUGCGGAAGAACCAAGAAGUCAGCGAGCCUUCGUCAGGCAGCCAUGUGGCAGGUGGCGCCCCUGAGGUCUCCCAGGCUGUGCAGCAGAGAAUGCUGUCGCAGCAGAAAAGGUUCCUGGCCCAGUUCACAGGGCACCAGCAGAGCCGCCUGGACGCACAGAAGCAGAAGGCAAGAGUUCUGGACCACCUGGAAUUCCAGCUUGAGGCUCAGCUGCAGGAAGCUGAGCAGAUCUUCAUCUCUGAGCUGGCCGCCUUGGCCCGAGUGCCCCUUGCGGAACACAAGCUGUUCUCCAAUAAGCGCGGGCUGUUGGAGAAGCCCCUGAGGACCAAAAGAAAGAAGGCCCCACCCCGGGAAAAAGAGGACCCGGUGCUACCCAACGAUGAGGUCCCUGCCUCAGCGGACCAUGCCUCAGGAUCACUCAGCAGCAAGAGACUGAGUCAGCAAGAAAGUGAAGCUGGUGAUGGUGAGAACUCCAGGAAGCUGCUGAAGAAAAGAAGCAACUUGUAG